UGUGCCUUAUUCUGUAUUAUGCAAAACUUUUGAAAUGGUUGAAUCAACUACCAAACGUCUAGAAAAACAAGAUUAUUUGGUUACUCUCUUUGCACUUAUUAUUGAAAAUACUCCAGAAAAUUUGUUAGACUCAUUAUAUUUGUGUAUCAAUCGAGUGGGUCCAGAUUAUGAAAAUGUUGAAUUAGGUAUUGGUGAAUCUUUAUUAAUUAGAGUAAUUGCAGAUACUACUGGUAGAAAAACUCAAGCAAUCAAAGAAGAGUUGGCAAAAUGGGGUGACUUAGGAAAAGAUAGUAAAAGUACUCAACCAACAUUGUAUGCUCCAAAACCAUUAACUAUUCCAUCAGUCUUAAAAUCUAUGAAAAAGAUUGCACAUAUGAAUGGGCAAGAUUCGCAAGAAAGAAAAGUUCGAGAAAUCAGACAAUUGCUUGCUUCUUGCAAAGGUGAAGAAUCCAAAUAUUUAAUCAGGUCUCUUGAAGGAAAACUUAGGAUUGGAUUAGCAGCACAAACCGUUUUAAUUUCACUAGCACAAGCAAUUGUUUAUAAGGAUCCAGGAUAUGAAAAAUUACCUACACCUACCAAAAUUCAAUUAUUAGCAGAUGCCCCAAUCAUUGUUAAAGCUGUUUAUAGUGAAAUUCCAUCUUAUGAUAUGAUGUUUUUAUUAAAACUUUUUUAUAAUAAUAAAAAAGGAAUUCCACUUAAACCUAUGUUGGCAUUUCCAACUAAAAGUAUAACAGAAGUACUUGAUCGUGUUGAAGGACAUAAGUUUACUUGUGAAUUUAAAUAUGAUGGUGAACACAAUUCUGUGAAAUUUCCUGAUAUAAUUGAGAAAUUGUCUAAGUUUGUAAAACAUGGUAUAAAAUCUUUUAUACUUGAUUGUGAAGUUGUUGCAUGGGAUCUAGAAAAAGAUUGUCUUCUUCCUUUUCAAGUGUUAAGUACAAGGAAAAGAAAAGAUGUUAAAGGAUCAGACAUAAAAGUCAAAGUUUGUUUGUUUGCAUUUGACCUAUUAUAUCUAAAUGGAGAGUCACUUCUCAAGAAACCAUUAAUUGAAAGGCGUGAACUAUUGUAUAAUUCUUUUCAAGAAAUCAAAGGAGAAUUUGCCUUUGCACAUGAAAUUAUUGCAACUAACACUGAGGAAAUCCAAUCAUUUCUUGAUGAGAGUGUUAAAAAUAAUUGUGAAGGAACAGGAGAUUCUUUGGACCUUGUGGUUAUUGGUGCAGAUUAUGGAAGAGGAAAACGUACCAAUUUUUAUGGAACUUUUCUUCUUGCAUGCUUUGAUCCAGAUAAUGAAGAGUACCAAACAAUUUGUAAGCUUGGUACAGGAUUUUCUGAUGCAGAUUUAGAAACUCAUUACAAAUUCCUUAAGGAACAUGAAAUUGAAGGAGCUAAAAGUUAUUAUAAUUAUGAUAAAGCAACUAAACCUGAUGUUUGGUUUGAACCUUGUCAAGUCUGGGAAAUAAAAGCAGCAGAUAUUAGUAAAUCUCCUAUAUAUAAAGCUGCAAUAGGACAAGCUGAUCCAUCUAAAGGUGUUUCAUUACGUUUUCCGCGUUUUGUUAGAAUAAGAACUGAUAAGAAACCUGAAGAAGCAACUACUAAUGAUCAAGUGGCUGAUAUGUAUAAUUCCCAAUUUAAUAAUGGUGCUGAAUAA